AUUUCCGGCUUCUCUUCCCUCCGGUCCCGGGCGUGAGCCGUGAGGGGCGAGCGCGUGUGCCGAAGCCGCGGAACCAUGGCGUCCCUUUCCCUCGCACCUGUGAACAUCUUCAAGGCUGGAGCUGAUGAAGAGAGAGCGGAGACGGCUCGGCUGUCAUCUUUUAUUGGUGCCAUUGCUAUUGGAGACUUGGUGAAGAGCACCCUAGGACCUAAGGGCAUGGAUAAAAUUCUAUUAAGCAGUGGACGAGAUGCUUCUCUUAUGGUAACCAAUGAUGGUGCAACUAUUCUAAAAAACAUCGGUGUGGACAAUCCAGCAGCUAAAGUUUUAGUUGAUAUGUCAAGGGUUCAAGAUGAUGAAGUUGGUGAUGGUACUACCUCUGUUACUGUGCUAGCAGCAGAAUUACUAAGGGAAGCAGAAACUUUGAUUGCAAAAAAGAUUCACCCACAGACCAUCAUUGCGGGUUGGAGAGAAGCCACAAAGGCAGCAAGACAGGCUCUGUUGAAUUCUGCAGUUGAUCAUGGUUCUGACGAAGUUAAGUUCCGUCAAGAUUUAAUGAACAUUGCGGGAACAACAUUGUCCUCAAAACUUCUUACUCAUCACAAAGACCACUUUACUCAGUUAGCCGUAGAAGCUGUUCUCAGACUGAAAGGCUCUGGUAAUCUGGAGGCAAUUCAUGUCAUCAAGAAGCUAGGAGGAAGUCUGGCAGAUUCCUAUUUAGAUGAAGGUUUUCUGUUGGAUAAAAAAAUUGGAGUAAAUCAACCAAAGCGAAUUGAAAAUGCUAAAAUUCUCAUUGCAAAUACUGGUAUGGAUACAGACAAAAUAAAGAUAUUUGGUUCCAGAGUAAGAGUUGAUUCUACAGCAAAGGUUGCUGAAAUAGAACAUGCCGAAAAGGAAAAAAUGAAGGAGAAAGUUGAACGUAUUCUUAAGCAUGGGAUAAAUUGCUUUAUUAACAGGCAGUUAAUUUACAAUUACCCUGAACAGCUCUUUGGUGCUGCUGGUGUUAUGGCUAUCGAACAUGCAGAUUUUGCAGGUGUGGAACGCCUAGCUCUUGUUACAGGUGGUGAAAUUGCCUCUACCUUUGACCACCCAGAACUAGUGAAGCUUGGAAGUUGCAAGCUUAUUGAAGAAGUCAUGAUUGGAGAAGAUAAACUUAUCCACUUUUCUGGGGUAGCCCUUGGUGAAGCUUGUACCAUUGUUCUGCGUGGGGCCACUCAACAGAUUUUAGAUGAAGCAGAAAGAUCUUUGCAUGAUGCUCUUUGUGUUCUUGCCCAAACUGUGAAGGAUUCUAGAACAGUGUAUGGAGGAGGCUGUUCUGAGAUGCUGAUGGCUCAUGCUGUGACACAGCUUGCCAGUAGAACACCAGGCAAAGAAGCUGUUGCGAUGGAGUCUUACGCUAAAGCACUGAGAAUGCUGCCAACUAUCAUAGCUGAUAACGCAGGCUACGACAGUGCAGACCUGGUGGCCCAGCUGCGAGCUGCCCACAGUGAAGGCAACACAACUGCUGGCCUGGAUAUGAAGGAAGGUACCAUCGGAGAUAUGGCAGUACUGGGUAUAACAGAAAGUUUCCAAGUGAAGCGACAAGUUCUUUUGAGUGCAGCUGAAGCAGCAGAGGUGAUUCUGCGUGUGGACAACAUUAUCAAAGCAGCACCAAGGUAUUGUAGCAUUUUAUUUUAUAAUUUUUAUUGUAGCAUUUUAAUGAACAGUUUUUAGGAAGCAACAAAUAGAUGAUUGUAUUUGGUAAUUGUAGUUGAUAGAAAAAGGCAUUUUUGUGUAGCUAAAAUGUUAUGCAUGUUAUUUAAAAUACGUAGUCACAACUCUUAGAUUUAAGGCAGAAAAGCUUAAGAGAGAGGAAUGGGUGACAUAGAGGAGCUCACAGGAUUGAAAGGUCACAUCAAGAGCCAGGCUUGAAAAGGUCAAAACCAGAUUGGGGGUGAAGGGCUGUAGUAGUAAGAACAAAUGUCUUUUCACCAGGCUGAGUCUGCAGGCUCCAUGCUAGGAGCCCGAUGUGGGACUCGAUCCCGGGUCUCCAGAAGGGCGCCUGGGGCCAAAGGCAGGCACUAAACCGCCGAGCCACCCAGGGAUCCCCACAGUUAAUAAUUUUAAUUGUUCUUACUAGUAGUUAUUAAAAAUGUUAAUUUUGCCUGUUCAGUGGCCGUGGUUCAGGGAUAUGGGGUGGGGAGGACGGUGGCUUGUACCAGUAGAUACAGGUAAGGUUGGUGAGAAGAGCUGGUAAAAGAUUUUGAAGUAGAGCCAGCGAAGUUUGAUUAUGGUUUGGAUAUAAGGUGUGAGAGGAGGGAUCCCUGGGUGGCUCAGUGGUUUGGCGCCUGCCUUUGGCCCAGGGCGCGAUCCUGGAGAUCCGGGAUCGAGUCCCGCAUCAGGCUCCUGGCAUGGAGCCUGCGUCUCUGCCUCUCUCUCUCUAGACUCUCUGUGUGUGACUAUCAUAAAUAAAUAAAAAAAAUAAAAAUGUGUGAGAGGAAAGGGAAAUGAAGGCUCAUCCAAGGUUUUUCUUGGAGAAAUGAGAAUUUCUCUUAGAUGCAGAAGACUUUGGGAAGGAGGGUGGGGGUGUCAGACUUGGACAUUUGAGCUUUCCAUUGUGAAGGCAGUUGGGUAGUUGAGUCUGUAGUUUAGGAGAGAAGUUUGAGGUGUGAUUGCUAAGUUUAGGAGUUGUCAGCCUACAUGUGGCAUUCAAAGCCAUGAGACUGAUUGUGUCCCCAAGAGAGGGAAUGUAGCUAAAGGAAGAAAGCGGUUUUAAGCACUGAACACUUGAGAGCUUCAGUGGUAAGUUUAGGAAGAUUCAGAGCAACUGGCAGAGGACACUAACAAGGAACAAAAGUAUGGAUAAAGGAUAAUUAUUAAAACUGGGUAAUGGAUACAUGGGGAUUCUUUAUACAUUUUCUGUAUGUUUGAAAUUUUCCAUAAUACAGAAUUUGAAAGGUUGGUGUGGGUGCCACUGAGGUAGGAGGAAGACCAGGAAAUGUGUGUCUCAAAAGCCAAAUGAAAAAGUGCUUAGGGGUGGGGAGUGAUCACCACGGUGAUAAGAAUAAAUAAGAUAAAGCCUGAAAAUUGACCUUAAAGAUUGAUUUAGCAAAGAGGCUGUUGGUAUUUUUAACAAGCAGUUUUGUGGAGUGGAGGGGACAAGUCUAAAUUAGGUUCAACAGAGGCCAGGGGAAGAAUUGGAGGAAAUGUAUGUAUAAACUGCUUUCUCGGGGAGUCUCUUGUGAAUGGGAGCUAGAGAAUAUGGGUCUCUACAGUGAGCAUUCAGUGCUGUCAGUGGGAGUGAUCUCGGGGGGUGAUGGAUGCAGGAGGGGGGGCAGCCCGCUGAGUGGCUGUGAGGAGGAAUGGGAGAACAAGAGGAGGGCUUGGUUUUAGAUGGGAGCACGGAGAGUUCGUUUCUGGAACAGGAGGGUAGGAGGAGCACUAUGAGAUUAGAUUGCACCUUAAAUGGACUCUGUCACAAGGAUUCUCUGUGCGGAACCCGGUAGCACCCACUUCAGUGGCUUUCUUCCUGUGAAUGGCAGCUGUUCUAUUACUAUUAGAAGAAGGAAAGAGGAGAAAAUAGCGAUUUGGACAUGGAGAGAAAAGGGGAAAUGGUAUUUAAAUCUGUGGUAUAGUGGAAGGAAAACUGGGCUGAAAAAUCUGAAGAUUCUCUAGUCCUGGUACUGUGAUAGGGUAGGGUAAUGAGGACUGCUCAUGUUUUGGAAUGGAACAUUGGUGAGGGAAGGAGAAGUUGAGAGUUUUCUUGGAAUUAUGCCAGCAAGUUGGUUAAGUAUUGUUUGGGUUUUUUUUUAAGAUUUUUAAAAUUUUAUUUAUUUAUGAGAGACAGGGAGGCAGAGACAACAGGCAGAGGGAGAAACAGGCUCCUUGUGGGGAACCUGAUAGCAGGACUCGCUCCCAGGACCCCGGGAUCACAACCGGAGCCAAAAGCAGAUGCUCAACUGCUAAGCCACCCAGGUGCCCCAUAUCCUGUCUUUAAGCAAAAUGAUAGCAAAGGGAAACUGGUCUAUCAGGUUUUCUGGAUUGGCGGCAAGGUCUGCCACCCACUCGUCAUUGCAGUGACUUGGUACUCUCAGCCACAUUUGAAGUACACACGAUAAUACCUCGUUUGAACUGAUGUCACUGUAUGUAUGUAUGUAUGUAUGUGUGUAUUUAUUUAUUUAUUUAUUUAUAUUUUGUUUAUUUAUUCAUGAGAGACAGAGACACAGGCAGAGGGAGAAGCAGGCUCCUUGGGUGGAGCCCGAUGCGGGACUCGAUCCCAGGACUCCAGGAUCACGCCCUGGGCGGAAGGCAGGCGCUAAACCGCUGAGCCACCCAGGCAUCCCAGCUGUCACUGUUUCAGUGGUUUAAGUCUUUAUUAAAUUUGGUAGACGUUCUCAGUAAUUUGCAGUAAAGAAACAUUGAGUAAUUGUGUUUAACUCCACCUUCUCAAACAUACUGGACUCUGGCGACUCCUCAUAUUUUACCUCCAGGGGACUCGUUUUCCCGGAGUUGACCUGUGACAGCUGCUGGAGAACUUUUUCUGUUACCGAUGUUUUUCAGCGUCCUGUAGUCAUCCCAUAAAACUUCCAGGGUUAAAGAUCUUCUUUUAAGGUUUUUAAAAUGUUUAUUCAUGAGAGAGUCAGAGAGAGGGGCAGAGGAAAGAAGCAGGCUCCCCGCAAGGAACCCAAUGCGAAACUUGAUCCCGGACCCUGGGAUCACGCCCUGAGCUGCAGGCAGACGCUCAACCACUGAGCCACCCGGGUGUCCUGAAGAUCUUUCUCUAUAUGGUCCCAGUAUGCUGCUCUUUGGAUCUGUUUGUAUGCUUUUUCUGCUUCUCUAGAAUGAUUGUUGUACUUGCCUCUAGAAGCAGUGCUUACAUAGGCACUAAGUAAAAAAAUUCUCUAGUACACCUGCCAUGCCGCCUUCUUGAGAGAUUCAUUAUUUUCUCACCAGAGAAUAAAAGUUUAAAAUCUAAGAUGUAUGUGAAAGGCAUUGUCGAUAUACUUGAGUGAGUUGUCUGACCCUUUUCUAGCUUACUUGCUGGCGUUUGUUUUCAUUUGUUUAGGAUAGUGAUCCAGAGAUGUUCAUCUAGAUGCCCAAAGCCUUGUCAUUUUACAACUUCUGGUUAAGAGUAAACUGUCUUUGUCUUUGAUUUAGUAAAAUGACUAACACAUUAGUUGAAAACAUGAAUUAGCCUUUUUUGGGGAGAACGUGUAUUUGUUAAAUAAGUUGUUUAGAGAAGUUGAGAAUUGUUACAUAUCUAUAGGUCUUCACAUUCCACAGAUUUUGUAAUGGCUUCUUACUAAUACAGUAAUAAUUGAGGGAUGUUAGUUACGAGGUAGAAACAUCCUUGUUAUAGGGGAUUGGUUUUAAUGGUUUCAGGAUUCCAGAUGGGUUUGUAUUUAAUGUAAACCUUUGGUUACAAUCCUGCUUUUCAGUUUUACCAUUGCGUUUUUCUUAAGUGUUGUUUUGUAAUAUUUGCAGGAAACGUGUCCCUGAUCACCACCCCUGUUAAACAUUCCCAUGUGCUGUUGAGCUCUGGACCAGUUAGUUCAUAGCAAAGUUGUGUUUGAAAGACUUCGACCUCUCAAAGAAGACUGUGGAAUCGAAGUUUAUCUGUGGCUCUUAUAUCCUUAAGUUUGGACAUAUAACUGACCUUCUAUUUUAACAUGGGUCUAAUUUAUUUGCUGUUUCAUUUUCCAUAAGAUUCAGAUGAUUUAAAAGUUUGUUUCUCAUACUGUGCAUCAAAAUAAAAAUUUGAACAAUUAUUGUUCUUA